CAGAUUUCGAAGAUAACGUUCCAGUGUAAUUUAUUAUUUGCGUGUGUACAAGAUGGGGAAGGGGUACUAGUCACAGAACCCUUAUACUAGAAUGUUCUUAAUAAUUGUAAAGAGGGUAAAAGAUGAGAUCAGAAUUAAAGAAAAAAAAAAAAAGAAGAAACAUAUUUACGCGUCAUCUUGACAUUCAUUCCAUUUGAUGAAAGAUAACAGAAGAGGAGGUUACACAGGUGUACUACACAAUGUGAUGCUCUUACAUCAGUGUUAUAUGCGAUAAUAGCAUAUAUAAAGCGUGUAUAAAACGCGCCCAUGCGAUUGAUAAGUAGUCUGUACACCUAUUUUGUACAUAUACGAUACAAUAAAAAAUUUCACAACUUUUAAUCAGUAUUGCAUGACGUAAUUUUUAUUUAAAUGCCUUUUUUUUGAUCAUAUAAGAAAAAUUUAUAUACUUGUAGGUUAAAAAUUUUUGACGUUUAAGCGUUUAUCAUUUGUUAAUACAAUCAAAGAUAUCUAAUAAUUUAAUGAAAGUGAUUUUUCGUCAUUAUGUGAGGGAAAGAAAUUGUUUGUUUAUACAAUCCUCGAAGAAAUAAAUACAAACAUGUUAAUGAUUUUCAAUAUUUGAGGUAUAUAUUGGUUCGUAUUGUUAGAAGAAUCCUAUGAUUGUUUACAAACGAACAACCUACAAUAUUUGUAAAUUAUUUCAGUAAUUAAGUUUUAUUGGUGAUAAACUUGAGGUAAGCAAAAUAUCGUUAACAAAGUUAACAAUACAAAACAUUUUGAUGUGAUGUGGUUCAAGGUCAAGAAAAUUUUGCUGUUCAUCGCUAGAACGUAAUAUUUGCUAUUAUGAUAUGCAGAAUAUUAGUUCUAAGAACAGCCUGAACAAGGGCCCAGAUGUGAAGAUUUUUUGCUCGAAUGCACAAUGUCAAGUCGUCAACGAGGAAUUAACAAAUUUAUGUCAACAAGUAACAGACCUAAAAGAAACGGUUGUAUCAUUAGAAAAUAUUAUACAAAUAAAAGAUAUACAAUUGCAAAAAAUGCAACGAGAAAAUGAGCGAUUGUCGACCGAAUUGAAAAAACAACAAAGACAUAUCAAGAACCUCAAACGUAAGAUAAAAAAAUCAUUUAAGUUCAUCGCGAUCUUUAAAUGCAUCGACUUAAUUUUAGAGCAGUUGGAUGAUGAGAGGUUCCUCUAUCAAAAAGAAAAGGACUCUUUUAAUAAUGAAAUACAAAGACAGAAGACACGAUGUGCAAGUGGUGCUUCGAAAUUACACCAACAACGAAAAGAAUUUGAGAUAGUACGAGAAUGUUUGGAAGAUGAGAAUAAGUCGCUUAGAGAAGAAUUAAAUGAGAAAAUCGAAACAACAUAUAAUUUAUGUAUAAAGUUUUUGCGAAUGAAAUAUGCUAAAGAUUCGUUGAGGCAAAAAUUUGAUCAAUUGUUGAAGGAACACUUGCAAGUAAUAACGGAUAUGAUGGAGAAACUAGAUGAAGCAAGAGAAGAACUUAAUAUAAUUGUAUCCGAAAAGUUUCAAGAGCCUCUGCCUUUAAGUAAAGCAAGAUUUUUACAGGUGGUACAAAGAAAUGCACGAUUAGUUCAUGAAAAUGCGACACUUAAGGUACAAAUACAACAUUUGACUUUAAAUAUUGAGAGAUUAAAAAGUUGUGUGCAAAAACCGAAAUCAAUAAAUGUAGAUGCAAAUAUUAUUGCAAAAUUAGCAGAACAAAGUAAAAAAAGAUGUAGUAAAGAAUCUACAAAAUGGAUACCGAUUCAUUUAUUUGAAAAUGAAAUUGAAAAAACUUUAUCAUUUACUAAACCAUCAGAUCUUCAAAAUUUCGUCAAUUAUUCUGAAGAUGUAAAAUUAGUAUCUAAAAUUCGAUCGAAUAAAUUAAAAGGGUACUCCAAUACUGCUAUACGAGAAGUUCAAACUAAAGAUACAUGGAAAUCGGGAACAGUACGCGCUCGCAGCGCUCCGGAAAUUCGACUAACAGAAGACCGAGCAAGCUCUUCUGAUAUUAUUUUAGCAGAGUCUUCAAUGGAUGUACGACAUAUCUCAACAAAUACUUGACAAAUAUUAUUAAAUUUAAGACGUUGUAAAAAUGUAAAUGUUACUAUUAUCUUUUUUUAUAUUAUUUAUUUAUUGUUAAAAAGACAUAUCGACUGUAGAAUGUAGAAUGUGAUGUAUCGACUGUAGAGUAAGUGGCGCUAAAGUAAAUCAUUUAAAUUUUGUUCACUAGAGGGCGAUUUCGGUAUGAAACGGUUUUGAUAUUUUCAGUGUCACAUCGAAAUGUGUGUGUUAAUUAUAUUCAGUGCAUAUAAUUUUUUUAUAAAAAUAAUUUAAACAAUUUUUUGAAGAUGAAAGUGUAGGAACAGAACAACAAUACGAAAUAUCUGGAUAAGGAUAAAGUAUUUUAAAGAAAUAUUCUUCUUUUUCGUAAGUAAUAUGGCGUAGUAUUAUCAAAUUAAAAGAAAUUCUUGUUUAAAAUGAAACAUAAAGUUAAUCCUAUAUCAUAGUAAUGAGUAAUUCAAUAGCCGUCCAAUGCAAAUUAAAAUUAAUAAUCAUAAAAUUAGCGAAUCUCAUAAAUUCAGUUACGAUAUUCGAAUACAUGAUAUUCAUAAUAACCAUAAAAUAUGCAUAUGCAACACUAUCUGGAAAUUAAAAAUAUUUACGAUAAAAAAUAUCUAACGAGUUGUUUUGAAACGAUAUCUAGUCCUAAUCAUUAAAAAAAUACGAUUUCUAUUGAUAUGAAAUAUACGAAAACGAGAGAAAAUUGAUGAGAUUGAUCGAAAUAAAAUA